AUGGCCCUCUCAAUAGAUCAAGUACAGCUCAUCAAAGCAACCGUCCCAGUCCUACAGAAGCACGGUCAAGACAUCACCACUCGGUUCUACAAGACCGUUCUUGAGGAGCACCCAGCCCUGCACAACAUCUUCAACCACACCAAUCAAGAGAACAAUCACCAGGCACAGGCUCUCGCUGGUGCACUGUACGCUUACGCCUUACAUAUCGAUGACCUGGGUGUUCUCAGUCCGACUGUCGAGAAAAUUUGCCAGAAACACAUCUCGCUUUACAUCCAGCCGGAGCACUAUGUAAUUGUAGGCGAAGGUCUCCUUCGAGCAAUGGGAGAUGUACUCGGAGCAGCUUUGACUCCCACGACUCUCGAUGCCUGGAAGGUAGCGUACUGGCAGCUUGCGAACAUAAUGAUAGAAAAGGAGGCGUUGGCUUAUGCUGAACCCCUCAGAUGGACUGCAUGGAAAGACUUCAUCAUCAUUCGAAUCGUCCCCGAGAGCGAUGAAAUUUCCUCCUUUUAUCUCCGUCCAGUAGAUGACCAGAAUCUCCCGGAAUACCUGGCCGGGCAGUUCAUAUCUGUACAGCUGGAUGUGCCUCAUUUCCAGCACCAGCAAUCACGGCAGUAUUCCCUCUCGGAUGCACAUCGACAAAGCUGCUAUCGAAUCAGCGUCAAAAAGGAUUCUGGUCUAGAUGCCAACAACCCGGAUACUCCAGCGCAUCCCGGAUGGAUCUCCAACAUUUUGCAUUCCGAGAAGAAGGUCGGCGAUGUUGUUCAAGUCUCUCAUCCCGCGGGAGAAUUCUUCUGGGAUCCUGUAAAGGACUUGGACUGCCCUAUCGUAUUGCUUUCUGCGGGGAUUGGCAUCACGCCUAUGAUUUCGAUUCUGAAUACCUUGGUGCAGCGCGGAUCGGAGCAGCCUAUCUCUUUCAUUCAUGGAGCGCGGAGCACUUCGGUGCAGGCUUUUGGGCAGCACCUUCGAAAGCUAGCCGACCGUUGCCAUAAUGUUCACAAUGUCAUCUUCAUCAAMAAUCCCGUAGCUGGACAGCAUGUUGAGGGAAAGCAUCAUGACCACUCUGGACGCUUGAAUCUUGAUAAGCUGGAUGGCGAAUCGGAUUUGCAUCUGCAUGAUUCCACGGCGAAGUACUUCAUUUGCGGUCCGGACGCAUUCAUGGCCGAGGUCUGGCGAGGACUGCAGGCGAGGAGCAUAGAGGCAAGCCGUGUCAAGAUGGAGAUCUUUGGGACAGGAGACGCGCUGAAAAAGUAA